CGCAAUGGAGGGCGACACAACUUGUCCAUGAGGCCACCCUCCAUCUGAUCACCCACUCAAAUAAUGGCUGCUUAUUUUAACUGCAACAUGUCAUUGAAAAGAAACCAGUGCUUUGGUGUUAAUAUAAUAUGCUUGCAGCCUUGCGUAGUGCUCUUACCCGAUUGGGCCCCGCUAAAGUAACCCCUUCUCUCUCUUUCUUUCUCCCUCUCUCUCUGCCGGUGGUUGCUGGUGCUUUGGAGGUAGGGUUCUCUGUGAUGGGAGGACUGAACUCUGGGACAUGGCUGCAAUGAUUGCACUUCGCUGUUCUGCAGGUAGUCCUAGCUAAAGGCUGCACUCCAAAUUGUUUCGGUGAUUCCUCUUCAAGAGCAUUUUAAGAUGCAAUCAACCUUAAGCAGAAAUCAUGGAGGGCUUCCCCAUAGUGAUGUGCUACAAUUGUCCGCAGUGCCAUUGUUGUCAUGGUGGACUCCAUUUGGUUCUCAGACUGGCAACCUUGAAUCCUUCAAUCAGGUCAAGUGCUUAUUCCCUGACCAACCUCGCGAAGAUUCUGAAUCAUCAGGCAACUCUCUGACCAUACAAAACGCCACAAGGCAUGGGUCUGCUCAGUUUAACCCAGAGAAAAGCAUCCUGAGUGCUACCAGAAGCUCUAUACUACUUGACUUUUGCCCAGGUGAUGGCAACGAUUCCACAAAACUUAAGAAAGAUCAGCAACAAUAUGGGUCUCUUUCCAUCUAUUCAUCUACUUUUGAAGAGCAACCUUCUUUUGAAUUAGGACUGGGCCAGCCAAUGGUAUACACAAACUGUUCUUAUGGUGAUCAGCAAUAUGGCUUAGUUGCAGCUUAUGGAGCUCAGGCAAUGCAUGGCAGACUGUUAUUGCCACUACAUAUGACGAAAGAUGAACCAGUCUAUGUUAAUGCUAAGCAAUACCAUGGAAUUCUUCGACGUAGACUAUCACGAGCAAAGGCAGCAUCAGAGAAUAAGCUGAUAAAAGCUCGCAAGCCAUAUCUACAUGAAUCACGCCAUCUUCAUGCAAUGCGGCGUGCAAGAGGGUGUGGUGGGCGCUUCCUGAACACCAAAAAGGCAGAGCAAACAGACUGUAGGAAUGGAAUGGAGAUCUUAAAAGGGAGCAAAUUGUCUCAGGCUGGAAGGUCGCCAAAUUCUGAUAGUUCACUUACUGCUAAUGGGAAAUUGAAAUCUACAGAGGUGCACUUUAGAUUGAAUCUAUCUACUGCAGAGAUGACCAAUGGGUACUCGCAUGAAGAUGCAAAUCAUUUUCAGGUUGAGCAUAUGUACCCUGUCGCUUUUGGCCCCCUCUUCAAUACUAGAGAUGGUGGCCAAGUUAAUGGGAUCCCAUGCAAUCGGAUCACAGCAGCUGAGAACUGUUGUGAUCUUCUGAAAGUAUGAUUGCAGGGAGACCACAAAGGAGGUAUUCUUAGUGGGUGAAUGUUCCUGGAGUGCCUCCUUGAAGCAACCAAAUGGGAUAGCUGUUGCAUUGUGAGUUUUUGCUUACUUUGCAUUGGUUUCUGAUCAUAGGGUUGAUCAUUCCAUUAGGUUGUCCGAAAAGGCAAAUCAUUCUUGGCUUGUUUGCAUUAAGGAAUUCCCUGAUCAAUGAUCCCUGGUCUUGAGCUGGGAUACUUGGUGCAAAAAAAAAACUUACUUUAUAUAGUAGUCCUUGUGUGGACAAGACAUAUUUUAUGUGUACCUUCAUCUUCAUGUGCUUGGUAUGUAAGAAUCUUCGGUUUGGUCUUGUUGGGUGGAGUGAAGGGCUGGACAACUGUAAGAACUAGUGUGAUUUGGCAACUUGUUAGCUUGUCUAAAUAAAUGUGCUACAGAAUACUGAGUUGGAGUAUCU